CCGUGACGGAAAUUAAAAUUUUAAGGGGUUCAAUUCGCCUCCAUUUAUUUGCUUCUAUUGCAUUUUCCUCUUCUGAGUGUGAUUCAAUCCUCAGGUAUUAAUGAUAUUCGGGUUUCGCCCAACCCCGGGCCGUUGCUUGCGGCCGUCCCAAACAUACACAUGGACUUUACGAGUCCAUCGAAUAUCAAGAUGUAAUUUUCAUACCGAUGGCAGAAGUCGAGUGUCCAACUUUUGGAUCCCGACAGGAGGUAUCUCUAAGAAGCCUGUCCAGGGAGAGAAAGAGGACGUUAAUGAUCUUUUGGUCAGAGGAGGCUUUUACCGACAGGCCUAUUCUGGCAUCUUUCAUAUGCUGCCUUUGGGAUUGCGCGUACAAGACAAGUUAGAGAAGCUUAUUGAUCGGCAUAUGCGAUCAUUAGGCGCAUCCAAAGUUUCACUAUCAUCGAUCUCUUCGCAAGAACUCUGGGAGCAAUCUGGGCGCCUAAAAGAGGGCUCUGAGGUUUUCCGCUUUCUGGAUCGGAAAGAAUCUCGGUUUCUCCUUGCGCCGACUCAUGAGGAAGAAAUUACCACGCUGGUAGGAAGCCUUACCAAAUCUUACCGAGAUCUGCCUGUCCGGGUCUAUCAGAUAUCGAGGAAAUACCGCGACGAACCAAGACCAAGGCAAGGUCUACUCCGCGGGCGGGAGUUUAUCAUGAAAGAUCUAUACACAUUCGACCACAACGUGGAAGAGGCCUUGAAAACGUACGAGUCUGUAAGAGGCGCUUACACUCGGCUUUUCAACGAACUGAAGAUUCCAUAUCUCGUUGCCGUUGCAGAUUCAGGUAACAUGGGUGGGAAUCUAAGCCACGAGUUCCACUUCCCCAGCUCCAAGGGCGAGGACACUGUCAUUAGCUGCUCGAGCUGCGGUAAUGUUUAUAACGAGGAACUUGCUGAUGGCAAGGCUCAUAAUCUCCUAUCUCGUGAGGGGACAGCUACCGUUCCUACGCCUGGUUUCGAGACAGAAGGAGGCUCCGUCCAAAAGAGCGCAGCUAUUUCGACCGGUCUCUGGACGGCAAUCUCAAAAGACAAAAGGACCCUGCUGCGUGGCUGGUAUCCUAAAUUUACCAUGCAUGGCGGUAGUCAGGAGCCAGUGGAACGAGAGGUCAACUCCCACGCCGUCAAGGCUAUCGCCAACGCCGCUGGCAUCGAUCUCGACCUCAGCGUAGAGAACCCAUUAGAGCAAUGGGUUGCGAAUGCAAAGUCCACCAAGGCGUCGUCAAGCGACGGCACUGGUCGGCCUCGGGUGUUGGACUUGUACGACUCCCUCGUGCGAGUUUACAAGAGGCCACCGCUCAGCGACCUUCUCCAGGAGGCUGACUGUAGCGUCGAGGAUCUAGACUAUCUCCGCCUUGACUGCUUCCCAGGAACUGACCACGGGCUGAAUCUUAUUAAAGUUCACGAUGGAGACCAGUGCUCCAAGUGUGAACAAGGCGCUGUGAAAACACACACUGCUGUUGAACUUGGUCAUACAUUCCACCUUGGCACCCGCUACAGCGAAGUCCUCGACGCAUCUGUUAUGGUUGACGGAGCCGCAGGCACUUCAGCCACCGUGCCAAUGCAAAUGGGCUGCCACGGGAUCGGAGUCUCCCGCAUGAUUACUGCGGUCGCCGACAGUCUAGCAGACUCUAAGGGUCUUAACUGGCCGCGAGCGAUCGCUCCCUUCGAAGUGAUUGUGGUUCCUACAAAGGGCCUCGAAGCAGACGCCGAGAAAGUCUACGAUGAACUUAUCACAGGGGCCAACGCCGCGGACGCUAUCCUAGACGAUCGGGAUAAGCAAAUCGGGUGGAAACUGGGCGAUGCCGACCUCAUCGGAUACCCCGUGAUUGUUGUUGUUGGGAAAAGCUGGAAGAAAGAACAAAGUGUGGAGGUGCAAUGUCGGCGCCUAAAUCUACGCGAAAAUGUACCUGUGGAGCAACUUUCCAGCUUUGUCCAGUCAUUGUUGGCGCAGUUGUAG